AUAAUAGAUAAUAUAAUAUGUGAUAUUUUGGUGCUAAAUUCGUCAAUAUACAGUAGAGUCUCACUUAUCCAACAUUCACUUAUCCAACGUUCUGGAUUAUCCAAUGCAUUUUUGUAGUCAAUGUUUUCAAUACAUCGUGAUAUUUUGGUGCUAAAUUCGUAAAUACAGUAGUUACUACGUAGCAUUACUGGAUAUUGAACUACUUUUUCUGUCAAAUUUGUUGUAUAACAUAAUGUUUUGGUGCUUAAUUUGUAAAAUCAUAACCUAAUUUGAUGUUUAAUAGUCUGCUCCUUAAUCUCUCCUUAUUAUCCAACAUAUUCGCUUAUCCAACGUUCUGCCGGCCCGUUUAGCUUGGAUAAGUGAGACUCUACUGAAAUUACUACAUAAUGUUAUUGUGUAUUGAACUGCUUUUUCUGUCGAUUUGUUGUCAAACAUGAUAUUUUGGUGCUUGAUUUGUAAAAUCAUAACGUAAUUUGAGGUUUAAUAGGCUUUCCCUUAAUGCCUCUUUAUUAUCCAACAUUUUCGCUUAUCCUACAUUCUGCCGGCCCGUUUAUGUUGAAUAAGCAAGACUCUACUGUACAUAUUAUAUAAUAAUAAUAUAAUACAUAUAAUAUUAUUAUUGUAAUAUAAUACAUAUUAUUAUAGUAUAAAGGCCUGUUACAAUUGCAACAAUUGUAGUCUUUGUGGAGAGAAAACUCUCCUUAUUCUAUAGCAUCAAGAAACGGCCAUUCAAGUGGUGCCGUGUACUUUGCCGCGGCAAAGUGCAUUUGUGAUCAUUUGGGACAGAAGGGACUAUGGCUGCCCAGUGACAUCAGGCCAAGCUGAUGACCAGGAAAUUGCAUCACAAAAUAAUCAGUUUUUCCUGCUUGGCAUCUGCACUCGAGCAAAAUCUGAAGCCCCUUAGACAUGAUUGGCAGCCCUUCAAUCUGCCCCAUUCAGGCUCUCCAUUUUCUCUGAGAUCCAAGUUUAAGAACAGAGCGAAGUAACAAGGGUUUAUUGGGUAUGGAUGAGUCCAGUAGCUCUUACACAUCGACUUCAGAUUCGGAGACCAUGUCCUUCUCUUGCUUCUAUAACCCUCUCCAUGGCUGCCUAUUGCAUGCCAACGGCCACGGAGAAGUGUGGACGGACUGGAACAGCACGGCCAAGUUCUUCCAGUAUGGAUGGCGAUGCACCACCAAUGAGGACUCGUACAACAACAAAACCCUUUUGGGGAACUGGAACGAGGAGCGUUACGACGUCCGGAAAGUGCUUCAGGCCAAGCCCAUGCCUUCCCAGUAUGCCCACUGCUUUGAGUCCACCUACUCCACCGAUUAUUCCAAGGAAACACCUCACAGCACUAGAAGAGUUAUGCGAGAGCCACACUGGUUCCCGGGACACCAGCCAGAGCUGGAGCCACCUCCUAUCAAGCGAACGGCUCGGUCGUGUUACAUGAUGGCUUACGACGAUCCCCAUAGCAAGGAAAGCCGCCACUUAGAUGAGAAGUUGCUCAGAAAGCCAGAAGAAACAACACAGAAACAGUAGGAUGUUUUGGAGGGGCUCUAUCGUGCCUUGGGACAACCUGAAUGGUCAGAAAGACAGUUUACAAGAUCUGGGUAUCCUCUCUCUCUCUCCCUUAAAGCCUGGGUUGCGGGGCAGGGACUCAGAAACUGUGUCUGGAAAUAAAAUGUGCACCAAAUA